AUGGGCAAAUCGAAAGGUAUCACCGCCGUCGCUGCUGAGGUCUCGGUGGUAGAAGUGUGGUGGGAGCCCAGCGAAGAUGAAGAUCCACACAACCCUCAGAAUUGGCCAGAUUGGUCCAAGUGGCUCAACGUUGUCACCAUCUCAUCCAUCAGCUUCAUAGUGCCUUUCAUAUCAUCCAUGGUCGCUCCAGCUGUUCCCUUGAUCAUGACAGACUUGAACACAAAAUCCGAGACCUUUGCAACUUUCAUAGUCUCCAUAUUCGUCCUAGGGUUCGCCAGCGGGCCGCUCAUCCUGGCACCCCUGAGUGAGCUCUACGGUCGUGUGCUCAUUUAUAAUGUCACCAACAUCCUGCUCACAACCUUUACGGCCGGCUGCGGUUUCACUCAGACGACUGGCCAGCUGCUCGCCAUGCGGUUCCUGUCUGGCUUCUUUGGAGUUUCAACCGUGGCUAUCGGGUCUGGAAGCAUAGCGGACCUUAUGCCGAAGCACAAGCGCGGGAAGGCCGCAUCGGUGUGGUCGGCCGCCACGGUUCUGGGACCGACCAUCGGGCCGAUAAUUGGAGGGAAGGUCACCGAGGUUGCCGGCUGGCGGUGGCUAUUCUGGUCCAUCUCCAUGGUUACUGGCCUGAUGACAAUCGCAUCCUUCGUCAUCCUCUGUGAGACUUACCCAGCUGUCCUCCUCGCCCGGAAAGCAGCAAAGCUCCGCAAGCAAACCAACAACCCAAAUUACCGCUCCCGCCUUGCAUCAACCGUUUCCCCCGCUCAUCUUUUCGUCAAAAGCAUUGUCCGACCCACCCGCCUACUCCUUCUUUGUCCCAUGGUCACCAUCCUCUGCACCUACGUCGCCAUCAUCUACGGCACGCUGUACCUACUCUGGUCGACUUACUCCUUUGUCUUCGGCGAGGUGUACGGCUUCUCCCCUCUAGCCACAGGCCUCGUUUUCCUACCAGGUGGACUCGCCACGCUCCUGGGCCCGCCGUACGUGGCCUACUUUAGCGACCGCACCAUCAAGCGGCGGACCAAAGCAGGGUACGACGUGACGCCCGAGGACAGGCUGCCGCCCGUAAUCUCCCUACCCGGCGCGUUGCUUUUCCCCACAGGACUGCUCAUCUACGGCUGGGGAGUUGAAUACGGCGCGCACUGGGCCGUGCCGAUGCUCGGGACGGCCGUGUCGGGCUUUGCGAGCAUCCCCAUCUUCGUCGGCGUCCAAACGUACCUCAUCGACGCGUUUGAGGAGUACGCCGCCAGCGCGGUGGCGGCCAACGCCGUGCUGAGGGGUCUUGUAGGUGCGUUGCUGCCGCUGAGUGGGUUGGCGCUGUAUCGGUCGCUGGGUUGGGGCUGGGGGAAUACCCUGCUUGCAUUUUUAGCCGUCUUGUUCGGGCCGGUUCCGAUGUUGUUUGGGGGUAAAUACGGCGCCAUGAUUCGGGAGUGGUCGAGAAAGGAUAUGGAACUAUGA